AUGGCGAAACCGUCCAAGAAACCUGCUGUCGGGUCCUUCGCCAAUUCACAAGAGCAAAACGUCCCUCAAACCGAGCCACGCCAACUCCGCUUCGGACGACAGUUCUUCCCAGACUACACUCCCGCAACAAUACGCAAGACAAAGCCAUACCGUUCACUCUCCGCCAAACGAGAAGGAGCAAGAUCCUCGCUGGCCACCGCGAAGGGAGGCAAGAAGAAGAAGGCUGCGAAGGUAAAGGAGGCCGAUCUCGAUGCGCUUGCUGGUGGCCUUGGCUCGCUCGGGCUAGACGGAGGAAAGGAGAAGCAUACUACGACGAAGAAGGAAGGCAAGAAGAAGCAAAAGGAAGAACCCCGAGAGACGGCAUCCGUUGCAGCAUCUACGAACGUCACCACCCGCGUUACCAGGUCCAAGUCCAAUGCCGCAAAGGCUCCAACCAAGGCCGGCGGUCUGGAUGACGCAGAUGGCGAAGACCCGCCUUCCCCAACCCUUCGACCCAAGAGACGAACCCUCAAGCACCCCGCCAGCAAGCAGAUUGUCCCAUCGUCCCCUUCCUCUUCUGACGAGGAGGACGAGCCCUCCCUACCCGAGGAUCCCAAAGCCGAGCAUAUCCGCAAGCUAGUGCUCGGGUUCCGUGAGAAAGCAAGCUGGGCAAGGAGUGCCUCCCUCUGGGGGAUCGAAGAGAAGGACAUGGAUGAGCUAUCAGCUGAGAUCGGAUGCGUGGGAUUUGUUCGUGGACCAGGUGGAGGGUGUGGGACUGGAGGUGGACUGGGGAAGCGGAGGGGAGGAGUGAUUCUCAGGGUAGCUGCGCUUGGAUCAUCUGAGAUGGGUAUCAUGGCAUCGCGGCGUUGCGUUUAUGGGUAG